AUGUUUAUCCGGAGAAGUCCUUUUGUUCAACUCAUGGUGUUCUUAUAUCUGAUUAACAGAUUCACUAACGUCAAGUGCGUUACCUUGGACCCAGAGUUUGAUGAGUUUGAGUAUUGUUUUCUAAAGUCUGUGAAUCGUACCUACAAAUACAUGUCGUUGAAAGUGAAUCUGCUCAAAAAGCCAAUUACUAAAAUUAAGAUAAAUGUGGCACUGCUAAAACGAUAUAGUGGCUAUAGGCCUUUUCUCUAUAACAUUACUGUGGAUGCCUGUAGAUUUGUAAAAAAUCCCAGCUCUAAUCCCAUCGCAGGCUUUAUUUACAGUUUAUUCAAGUCUCACUCCAAUAUUAAUGGUUCAUGUCCGGUUGCUAAAGAUGUUAUUGUAGAAAAACUUCCUGUUGAUUUUAUCAAUACCAAGCUAACGAAGGUUCUGCCCUUUCCACAUGGUGACUUUCUUUUUCAUUCAAACUGGAUUGCUUAUGAUAUCAAUCGUGCCACGGUUGAUGUUUACUUUACACUUUCUUGA